GCUGUCUGAUAGCUCGACCAGCACCUUCCGUCUGGCGGAAACAUCCGCCCAGCGGAUCUCAGGACCUGCAAACUCUGGAUGAUCACAUAUAUUCUGAGCUUCCUCCCUCUGUCAGAUCAGAAAGAGGCCUCCCUCGUAAGCCGGGCUUGGUACUAUGCAGCCCAGAAUGCCCUUCGGGAGACAAAUGUGCGGUACAACAUUCCCGUGUCUUCUGCUUCCCUCUCGGCCAUCAAGAGCUUGGGCCUCAGGGCCAUUUCCUGUGUCAGCCUGACCAACUUGGAUGAUUCACCAGCCUCACACCAUGUGCUGCAGUCUGUUGCUUAUCACUUAGGCCCACACCUGGAGAGCUUGUGCCUGGGUGGGGGCAGCCCCACAGAGGCAUCCUUCAUAACCCUGAUCCUGGGCUGUCCAGCCCUCCGUACCCUUGACUUGAGUGGCUGCAACAGCCUCUUCACAUCAGGCAAUCUGCUGGCUCAGCCCGAGACAGUACAGUGUGUCCGAAAGGCAUUAAGUGGCCUCCGUGACCUUAACCUGGCUGGCCUGCGGGACCUGACUGACCUCAGCUUUAACCAUCUCAGCAGCUGUGUCCCCAGCUUAGAACGCCUCUCCUUGGCCUACUGCCACCUCACCUUUGAGAUGGGACCAACCCGAGGUUCCGUCAGCUCCCAGAUCUCUUCUCCUUCCCGGCUCUCCUUCCGCAACCUGCUGCAAUUCGUGAAGGAAAGAGCCAGCAGGCUUCGUGCCCUGGACCUCAGUGGCACUGGUUUGCCACCUGAGGCACUACAUGCUCUGGGCCAGGUGGCUGGGCUGCAUUUGGAGGAGCUGAGCUUGCACAGCUGCAGGGACCUUUCCACAGAGGCUGUGGUCAGGCUGUGCCAUCAGCAGCCAGGUCUUAACUCCCUGGACCUCAGUGGCUGCUCAGAACUGACUGAUGGGGCACUGUUGGCUGUGAGCCGGGGCCUGCCACACCUGCGGCACCUGAGCCUGGGGAAGCUGCAACGACUGACUGACGCAGGGUGUAUAGCCCUGGGAAGCCUGCAGGAAUUACGGAGCCUGGACAUGGCUGAGUGCUGCCUAGUGAGUGGGAAGGAACUAGCGCAGGCCCUGGGCUCAGGUUGUGGAGCUACACCCCCACUGACCUCCCUCAGGCUGGCCUACUGCUCUUCACUGAAGGAUGCCUCAGUGAUGUCCAUGAUCACAGCCCUAGGCCCAAGCCUCAAGGUGCUAGACUUGUCCUCCUGUGUGGCCCUCACCAACCAGACCAUGCAGGCCAUAUGUACCCACCUCACCCACCUCUCAGUCCUGCGCCUGGCUUGGUGCAAGGAGCUCCAGGACUGGGGUCUUCUGGGGCUGGAGGAGCCAAGUGAGGAGUAUGCACUAGGUUCUCAGCAACACCCAGAGCUGGAGCGUCAAGCCUCAGACCUUGAGGAGCCCUCUUCCAAGCCACAGGGCCCCUCCCUGCUCAUGCUGCAGGCCCUGCAGGAAUUGGACCUCACAGCCUGCAGCAAGCUGACUGAUGCCAGUUUGGCCAAGGUACUCCAAUUCCCUCAGCUAAGGUACUUGUCACUGAGCCUGUUGCCAGCAUUUACAGACAUGGGCUUGAUAGCUGUGGCCAGGGGCUGCCCUAGCCUGGAACGCUUGGCGCUCAGUCACUGUGGUCACCUCAGUGAUGAGGGGUGGGCCCAGGCAGCCAGGUCCUGGCCAAGGCUGCAGCACCUCAACCUGUCCAGCUGCAGUCAGCUCACAGAGCAAACUCUGGAUACCAUUGGGCAAGCAUGCAAACAGCUGCGAGUAUUGGAUGUGGCCAUGUGUCCUGGUAUUAACAUGGCAGCUGUCCGGCAUUUUCAAGCUCAGCUGCCUCAGGUGACCUGCGUCCAGUCUCGCUUCGUGGGAGGGGCUGACCUGGCCCUAACGCUCUGAGGCCAGAUCAGUAACCAGCUCUGCAGCUCAACUUGGAUCACCCAGCCCAGGUCUCUGGACCUGGAGUUUGCCCCAAUACCUCUUGCCUCCCACUGCUACAGACCCUUCAUUAUACUCAGGAUGGGAUGAACCCAGGACAGCACAGGGGACUUCCUGCCCCAGUGUGUCCUACAACUGGGCAGCAGCCUCUUUCCAACUACAUGUCACUACCACAGGCCCUGGUCCAGAGGGUGCAGCCUAUGGGCCUGGUGCCAGGGAGGGGCACACUGUCUGUCUCCUGCUAGCCCACUUCUCAGAUCUAAGAGCCUUUGUUCCUCCUGUUCCCUAAGGGUUCUCGUCCAGCCCUCACAAGCACUGAGCUUUUAUACUCAAGCCACUAACCUCACUGUAAACCCAAACAGGAUUAAAAAUUCCAUAUCUCA